AUGCGACUGGUGGCAGAUUCCCAUCGCCACCUCUGCUUUCCACUCCUAUCGAGGCUGACUCUAGGGAGGUCCAAGGCACUCGAUAUCGUUGGAACCUCGCCCAACCAUCUUCUUACCGCCCACGUGCCUCACUGCAUUUCCUCUGGCUGGUUUCAGAGCGGUGUCAAAGGCGGCCAACCAUCUGCCAAUCAUUUGCAACUUGACCUCCGCUGGCCGAUCUCAGAUCUUCAAAACUACAGAAUGCGGUGCCAUAUACUCCUUCGUCCGCAGCUGCGCAGAUUCCAGCCUUUACCAAGCCAAUAUGGCAUUCGACAAACCGUCUUCGUUCGCUUCAAGUCACACAUCCCUCGUCCAUCCCAAAAGCACAUCUCGCCCUUCCCAAAAGAGAAAGACAGCACUACUGCCGCGUCUCCAGUCCAGAGGACAUUGACCCCAGCGAAGACUACUACAAGAAAUGGACCACCCGAGCGGAUCUUAGUCUACUAUGGCGGAACCGGGAGAGCGAUCUUCCUGGGAACACUCCGAAUCACCACCGUCCUCCUCUUUGGAGCUGCCUGUCUGAUUGUCGCGCCAGAAUGCUCUGUUGCAGACUAUCCAUGGUAUAGCGUUCCAGGAGUCAUUGCCGCUGGCUCCCUGCCCAUGCUCUUCAUUUCAUACACCGCUGCCCCAUAUGUCAACUUUGUCCACCUGGCUCUCCCAGCAUUCGCCCGGAAGUCCCGAGAGGCUGCCGUCCAGUACGCCAAGGAGCUUCCUCCUACGGCAGUCCUCUAUCUCACCAGCAUGCGGUUCAACACCAUUCCCCGACAAACAGCAGUACGCAUUGGGGAUCUUGUCCCAACCAAGGACUUAGUACGACCUGUCACCUUUGAGCACUUGAAGCCUGCGCCACGACGAUGGUGGCAAGGCCGGGCUCCAACUCAGUUCUACACCGACUCCAACAGCAAACCAGGUCGACAGACAUCUGCAUUUUUCCCUGAGUUAUGGAAUGGAAUUUACCAACAAAUCAAGAACGCGAAGCCCCAGUCUCGCUCAUAA